GAUUCUAUUUUUGCACAUCAAUACUUCCGGUUAUGAUUUAAAAGAAAGACACUGAUAGACUGAAAUUAGCCCUACUGAUAUGGGGUUGCUAGUUUAUAAAAAAUUCCUUGGAGAGCACAUUAUGAAACAUUAAAUGCCCAAAAUUGGAUUUUAAAUAAAAAAGUUUAGGAAUCGAAGACUCAGACAGAAACUUGAGGGAUGUUGAGUAAACAACAAUGCAGAAACCUUCAUGAGGACCCAGACAAAAAUAUUUGUGACCUGCCAGCAAAAUUAAUGCUGGAUUUGAAAGACUGUUUGGACUCUGGUCCAGAAACGGCCAACUGGAGGGCAUUUGUUGAUGCAGCAGCAAAACUUUAUAAGAGAUACACCUUCAGCUACCAGGACAUUGAGAUGAAGUUUGGUAACCGGAUUUACAAUGACAGUCCCAGUAAAGCCCUGAUUAAUGAACUUGGAGCUCUUAACAUGACUGCAGAGGAGCUCACCCGGGUUCUAGACCAGCUGAAACUUGAACGAAUCCUUAUGCACUUGAAAAAAUAUGAGCAAAUUAGCAUUAUACAUGAGCCAGCACAGACUACGGAGCUCACUGAGGGAGAUGUACUAAGACUUGAAGUUGAUGGUGUAGGGUUCCCAUACCCCAGAUAUCAAUGGUUUAAAUUAAAUCCAGCUACUUCAAAAUAUCAGGAGGUUCGAGGAGCAAAUCUCAAAGUUAUCAAGAUUGAGAAAUGCAGAUAUGAAGACUCAGGUACAUAUUGCUGUCGUCUUCACAAUGGCAAAGGGAAUUCCCAGGUCCAUUUCAGUCAAGAAGCUGUAGUCAUUGUAAAAGCACACCAAGACCAUCAUCAUCCAAUAGUCAAAAUACCAGAUACAAAAGGUUGCAACCAUGCUGUGCCUUUCGAUAAGCCUGUUGCAUUAGACAGAACACAGUUCUAUCGACAGAAGGAUGUCAUGCCAGAAAAAGCUGUUCUUCCAUACAUUUUGGAGCACCCUAAGAGUCUGCAGAUAAUGAAGGGAGCUAACCUUGUCCUGAACUGCCAAGCUCUUGGCCGACCCCCACUGACAUAUGAGUGGUACAGAAAUGGACAAUACUACAGCACUACAGAGGACAGCUAUAUAAAGAUUCCAGCUCUCAGCAAUCAGAUUGGUACCUACUUUUGCUUAGUGAAAAAUACAUUUGGAGAAGUUAAAAGUAAAGAAGCCAUUGUAACAGUAUCAGAAAAUGUACCAGAGCCAGUUGUACAAGCAGAAAUUGAGAUCAUCAGUAACCCAAAGUCCUGUACUGUUGAGUUUGGGGGGAGCUGUAUAUUCAACUGUGAAGCCAGGUGUCGUGGUCUCUUGCUUCGCUAUGAAUGGUAUAAAGAUGGCCGGAAGUUACAAGGUCAAUGUAAGAGUGAGUUGAGGUUAGAUCGUCUCCAAGACAUGGAACAACAAGGAAACUACAUGUGUAUGGUGUCUGUGCCAGAGCUUAAUAUCAGUCGUCAUUCCAAUAUAGCAUGUCUCAUCAUCAAAAUGGACCCUAACAAACCACCUGAGUUCAAUCCCACUGACAAAGUUGCUCUGUUGAUUGGGAAUUAUGACUACAAGAACGAGACGGAGCUGAAAGCACCAGAAACUGAUGUUUCGACCUUGGCCCAGCUCUUCAGGCAUUUAGACUUUAAGGUGGUAACUCUCCUAAAUCUGACCAAGACGGAAAUGUUGUCGGCAGUGGACUACUUUUCUGAACUUCUUGGGAAAGGUGUAUAUGCUGUGUUUUACUUCUGCGGGCACGGUUUUGAGGAGGAUGGGAAGUGUUAUUUUGUGCCACCAGAUGCCAAGGCUGGUUAUACAAUAGAGGACUGUGUUAGUGCAGAGAAUGUUCUGUACAGAAUGCAGAAACCAGAACCAGACCUAAUUGUGUUGAUUUUGGAUAUAUGCAGAAUUAGGAAUCGUGUUGAAAGUGCCCGUCCAAAUAUGAUGCUUGAAAUUCCACAUAAAGGGAACACUGUCUUCUGCUAUGCCACGAGUACAGGAAUGUAUGCAUAUGAAGAUGCAGUGAAUGGAAUCCUUGUCAAGUACCUCCAGAAAUUUAUUGUUCAGGAUAAGGGUGUGCUGGAGAUUUUCUCUCAAGUGCAAGAGGCAAUCGGAAGAGAACCCAAGCAUUAUAAGCUGCAGAUCCCCGAGCUCCGAUCCAAUCUUCUGCAGCCAAAACGUUCUCUUGCUGACAAAAUCUCCACAAAAGGUGCAACAAAAAUGUAUCACCAGCGUACAUUGCGAUGGCUGGAGUGUCACCAGAAACCAGAAAAGAGGCUGAUAGAGAUUCCAGAGCUUCAGAUGGAGUUAGAGAUGGAGUUCCAAUCUGACUUCUCUAAUGUUCUUCAUGUCAUCACUACCGUCAAAAAGACGGGGAUCACUAGCAGUGCUGUGGCCUUCAUUCUCAAAAUACCAUCUGCUGUAUCCUUGAAAGAAAUGAAUCCAAAAGUGACUUCAAAUAAUCCUACUCGCACUAAAAGCACCCUGCAGGAAAUACAGAAAUUAACAGAGGAUUUGAUGAUUGAUAUUGGUGUGAAGUAUUCACUGAAGGACCAGACCACUCCAUCUAAACUCCACACAAUUCAUGUGAACUUAGGGCUCCCCCUGGUGGCUGUAUUAAAGCUAUGGAAACCAAUUGAAAAUGAAGCCAUGGAACAUGAGGACUUCAGUGAUAAAAAUAGUUACUCCUGAAACUUAAUAGUUCUACAGUGGCAAGUGUUAAUUGGAGAGAGAUGGAUAUGGCUUGUGGUCAUGUGAAAAGGUGUGGUUGGAGUACCAUUUUCAUUUGGAAAGAAUAUGUUAUACAGAAGUACAUGUAGGAAUGUAUUGAAUGGCAGUUCUAUAUUGUUUAAUUUUGUAUGGUGGAUAUAAAUGUCCCCACAAACUUUUCAGGGAUCUGAUUUUUGUCUUAUUCUAAAUGGUUUUGGGUGCUUAUUUAUAAGGCAUCAGUACAUGUACUUUAAUUGUAUAGAUUUCGUGUCAAAACAUCUUGUGUUAUUGUUUUACAUGUAUCAUGACCACCAGCUCAUUGGAAAGCAAGGAAGCACUUGCUUACAGAUUUGAAUUCAAGACUUUAGGAUUUUUUUGUAUUCAGUUUUUUUAUGCAAGUGUAUCUUACUUGUAUAGUUUUUUUUAUGUAGAUCUUCUCUUUAGGUUACAUCAUUGUAACUUUCUAAUAUAUGCUUAAUCUUAGAACUACAUCAUAUUUUCUUCAGUUUACAGAAAAAUUGCAUUGAUGUCUUUGGCUAUAUUUUUAUUGUACAUAAGUUACAGGGGAUAUAUAUAUCAUAUUGUGAUUGGACUUUGCAGAAACACUUACUUGCACAUCUGCAUAUAUGCGUCCAGAACAAUUUAGUGAACACCAUGUACAGAGUAAUGUACCAGUUUGCGGAAGGGAUGACAGAAUAGGAGAGGAAAAUGCCUAUUGAUUUCUGGGUUAAAAGGUCAUUGGUCAAGGCUACAUAGUAUGUAAUGAAUUUUAACAAGGAUAUGGACAUCAUGUAUAUCAGAGAAGCAUCUACAUGAAGUAAUUUCAUAGUCAAAAGAUCAGAGGUCAGUGAGGUACAAGCUCCUUGUUUUAGAUUAGUUCUAAUGUUCAUGUAUGUAUUAAUUAUUAAAAUAAAAUACAACAAGGUAAAAGGAUAUAUGCUCCGCUAUGCAUUGCUUUUGUAGCUUUGUUAUCAUAGCUGAAUGGGCCAUGAUCUGCUUUGUAGACUUGUAUCGUAUCAUAGUCAAUUCUCUCUUCAAUUCACUGAAUUUUCAAACAGUAUUUUCUCUAUUAUUUUUAUUUAUUUUAUGCCGCAAGUAAAUUUCACCAGAUUUUGCCAUCAUAUUUUAUGCCAGUAGUAUUUUUAUCUUCUUUUAUCAACACAUUUUAAUGAAACUUCAAUGAUACUUAUCUUAAUACAAUAUACUAAUAUAUGUGCCAGUUAUAAGUUUGGUAUUUCAAUUUAAUACGCAACUUCUGAGAUAUCAGCUCUUCUGUGAUAGAGGUACGUUCAGUGUUUGUUGAACGCUUGGGUGGGUACAAGAUGUAUACAUAUACCAGGGUUCGAAAUUAACUCAUGUCCGUAAGUCCGAGACUAGUAAACAACAUGUCGGACUAGUGAACUCUCUAUAGCACUAGUCUGUACGGACUAGUGAAAAUCCGGAAAUCAAUCUUCAAUUGGUAAAGAUUUUUAGCAAGAUUUGUCUGAGUCUCUUAGAUGUUUGAACUUAUGGCUGAUUACCUGCAUGGUCAAGUGUUUGCAUGGCUAUGACAGCCUGAUCUUCCAAACACAUGGAGUGUGUUCGAGACCACCGUUCUUCGAACGUGCACAAAUUGUCAAAUUCCUGCCAAUUCCGAACGCCGAGUACACAUCACGAGAACGUGUUCUAGGUGCAAGAAUUGCAAGUAGUGUGGUCUGAGAACAUGCACGUUUGUGCGCACAUGUUCUCGUCAUUCGCGACUCUAACACAGUAGUUCAUAACACUAUAGCUCAUGACUUGGUCAAUCGAGUGAAUUUUAUUGACUUUAUUGAUAAAAUUUCGAACUCCUGUGACUCUAAGAUCUGAGCACCAAAACAACAGAAACGUCGAUCUCGAACGCACUUAUGGACGUUUAUAAAAGGUAUAACUCGGAGGUUAAUGUAUGCUUCUGAAGAUCUUGAAUGCGAAAUAAAAUAUGGUGGUCUCUUUUUCUUCUGUAGAUGUCAGAAAUUGAAUUGUUUGCAACAGUGAUGUGUUUGGUUUCAUUAAAUGAAGAUCAUUUAAUAUGAUGUACUGGACGGACUAGUGAAAUGCUUUGCGGACUAGUGAAAUACUUUGCGGACUAGUGAACAUCAACAGUGACUAGUCCGUACGGACUAGUGCUUGAAAAAGUUAAUUUCGAACCCUGUAUACUAUAGACUAGCUAUGUUAAUACGGAUAAAAGUAAUGAAAGAUAUCACCUGUUGGUAUACAUUAAACUGACCAUAUCAAGAAUAAUAUUUGAUUGAAUUAGGUCAUUAAAUUAAAUAUGAAUUUAUUUUUUAUUUCCUCUUCUGCACGAGUGAUAUCUUAAUCAAAGAAAAAUGGUGAUUAUCGAUUUUUGUUUGAGCCAUUUUAUUAUUAAAUACUAAAUAAACUUAUUAAUAUUGUGUGUCCCUGCAGUUUGGGUGGUUACAUGAUGUCUGAUAAUCAGCCUUUAGGUAUUAUAUCAAGGCAGUGAUAAGCAUUUGUACCCACCGAGUGUGGACGAUAUUAUGUUUUGCGUCUCGCUGUGUGUAAGAGUUCCACAAAGGGAAAGAACUAUUGGGCAACUCGGAAAUUGCUUAUUUUAAUGUUUUAUGAAUAAAGUUUCAGUUCAAGAUACGAUUCCAGGAGCUGGUUAAUUUUGGGUUUAGGGUUGCUACAAAAACCAAUCUCAGUUUAUGUUUUGUGAAUGGCAUCCUGAAGUCAACAUUUUAUUUUUAUUUUUUGCAAUAUCUUGAGUACCUUUUGAGCUAUACUUUUUAAAAUUGACAUAAUUAAUCUUAAGGAUUAAAGGACAAUUUUUGAAGUGUUCAAGAGGAAAAAAUUAAGGUUGGGGUUGUAAGUUAACAUUCAUGGUUUGUAGGGAAUUGUUUUAGAUGACAUCUCAAUCAUCAUACCCCACACAACAAGUUGUGGAGCGUAUAAAGUUUUUUACCCAUCAAGCAGUCGUGUUAUUGUCAGCUCAACAGAAUUUCAUGAAACUUUGUUGUUGAUAGACCUCCUGUGUAGAUGUGCAUAUUUACAGGAAUUUCUGAUUUAUUUGUUUCUGGAAGUUAUGCCUUUUUUUUUUUUUAACUUAAUAGAAGUUUGGUCUCCAUCAGUCCUGAAACCUCUAAACAGAAGAAUUUCAUGAAAUGUUGUUGAUAAAGUCAUACUGUGAGGAUGUUCAUGUUCACAGGAAUUUCUGAUUCAAUUUUUGAGGGGAGUUAUGUCCCUUAGAUGUUUAGCCAAAAUUAAAUGAAACAGUUUGUCAGUGCAACUCCUCUGAAAUGGCAGAACACAAUUUAAUGUAACAAUGUAUAUGAUAUGGACAUACUGUGUAGAUGUGCAUAUUCACAGGAAAUUUUGAUUUGAUUUGAUAAUCAACAAUAAAAAAUAAAUAUUAAAGUAAUACCAGUUCCAUAUUCCCAAUAUGUUGCAAAUAAACAUUAAGAUGUAAAGAUAAUUUGUUGUCUUUCAUGCAUAGCAUUGCCAUUCAUUAUGUGUAGCAUUGCCUUUUAUUGUGGGCUAUGUUAGUUUUUUCUAUCAUUUUUCAUAUUUUGCAAAGAAAUUUUACAUGAAGAUGGAAGAACUUGUAAUUUUCCAUUGUAAGAUGUGCAGCUCAAAACCAACCCAACAUGACCUUAAAGAUAUUGUCCUUAAAGUCAUUCUAUUUCUUACCUUUUCUAAUAUGUGUUUAAGUUUUCAAUUCUUCAUUAAUUUUGUAACUAUUAUUUACUAUAUGCAGAUGUGAUGUACAUAUAAUAGUUUUGCACCAUUGGUGCACGUGGGAUUUUUAAUAUUUUGUCUGUUGAGAUUUUAUUUUUGAUUUUUAAGUAUAUUUAUUAUGACAUUGUUGAUUUACAUGUACAAAAAUGUACAUGAAUUUUUCGAAAUUUAUUUUGAUGUUGAAGAUAUAUAUAAAUUAUUCCUAAAAUCUUAUAUAUAUGUGAAUCCAUAUAGGUCUAAUGUGUGAGUAUUGCCUCAGAAUAAAGAUAUGAUUAUAAUGUG